GCUGGCCUGCCCCCCCCGGCCUGUCUGCUGCCUGGCCCUUCUCUUCCCUUCCCUUCCCCUGCUCCCAAGUCAGCUGCCCAUUCCAAAGCCAGAAAUGACCCCCGCAGCUGUCGCCCAGCGUCAGCCCGGGCGACGUUUCCCCCGGCUCUUCCCCUCCCUCCUGCUCCGGCAGAGGAGGGCAGGUCAUCGCGCGUCCGCGGGACGCCGGGCAGGUGUGCCGAUCCGGGGGGAUGGCAGAGGGUUCGGGGCCAAGGAAGCCCCCCUCCCUGCCGGCCACAGCGGCCCGCUGGGCCCAGGCCCUGGGCCGGGCCCUGGUGUACUUCUGGAGCAACCAGUGCGCCUGGCUGCUGGGCGUGGCGUGCCUCCGGCGCGCUUACCACCUCUGGCUCGCGGCGGUCGUCAUCUUCGGCCCCCUGCUGCAGUUCCACGUGAACCCGCGGGCCAUCUUUGCCAACCAUCACAACUUCUUCAACAUAAAAUUUGUCAGGUCAGCCUGGGGCUGGACUUGCAUUUUCUUGGGCGGCUUCAUCCUUCUGGUCGUGUACCUGGCCACCUCCCGGAUCCUGCUCACGCUGCGCCAUCUCUCCCGCCUGCUGGUGGGGGCCGGGCUGUGGCUCGGGGCCACGGAGGCCUUCCUGCUGAUAGAGAACCUCACCGGCUACUGCUUCGACCCGGUGCCCGAGGGCAUCCUGGUGAACAGUCUCCCAGACAAGCGGACGUGUCUGCGCGAAGGCCACCGGUGGCGUGGCUAUGACGUCUCGGGCCACACUUUCCUGCUGACCUUCUGCUGCCUCCUCAUGGUGGAAGAGACCUCCGUCUUCCGGCGCUACCUGGCCCAGGGCUACCCCGCCGGCGUCCCCUUGCGGCUCAUCUUCCUCCUCAACAUUCUCCUCCUCACCCUCUGGAACUUCCUGCUGGCUUGCACGGUCGUGUACCUCUACGAAUACAGCCACAAGGUCGUGGGGGCCGCCGUCGCGACCCUCUGCUGGUACCUCACCUACCGGGGCUGGUACCGCUGCUCGUGGUCUCCAGGGAGGCCUGGGACCGGCCUCUUCGCCAAGGCGGCCCCGGGAGAAGCCAAGAAGCGGAACUGACCACGUCGCCCCGCGUCUGAAGCCCCGGCCGAGCAGCCCUGGGCGGAGGCGCCCGUCCUCAGGAGACAAAUAAAGAC